AUGAACCUUACCGUACUUGCCGAGCUCAUUGAGCUGCGAGCCAAAGCUGAAGCUGAAUUGCUAUGCGCUCACUAUGAGACAUAUACACCUGUUCGAUUUGUCCUAAUCACGAUUGCAACAGUUAUAGCUUGUCUUGGCACGAUGGGAAAUAUUUUAUUGCUGAUAGUAUUUUCAGCCAAACAGAUCUCCAACACUCCAGCCACUUUGUAUCCAUCUGUACUAGCAUGUCUGGAUUUUGCAAUUUGCUUUGAAUACAUUCUUCUGUUCGGAGUGGACGCUUUAGUCAGCUACUUGAAAAUUGAGAGCUUAUUCAAACUCUAUUAUGUCUACAUCGUUCCUGCCUACGUGAUGGCUCGAAUCACUCAGCUGGCUAUCCCUUAUAUGCUCAUUUUCGCCACACUUGAACGCCUCUUCUGGACGUCUAAGAACAAAAGCAAUUUAUUGAAAGCAUUUCACUCAUCUACUGGACGUCAUAUCACUGUUAUAGUUUCGCUGGCGAUGUGUAUUUUAUUGAGAUCACCAAGUGCAUUUGCAAUUAAAGUCGAUGAUUAUCCUAAUUGUCCAGACUUUUUUAGAACUAAAACUACAAAUCCAAGAGAAUGGGCUCAAGAAAGUGGACUAUAUCACUUCUUCGAUUUCCAAGUAAUGACCAUUGCUCAAACUCUUGUUCCAUUUGUUCUGCUAGUGGGUCUCAAUUUGAUUAUUGUGAGAAGAAUGUGCUCGGAUAGUGUGCAAAAAGAGAAGCAACAAGAACCAGCGGAAGUUCAUUUCCAAGAGGAAAGACUUUUGACCCAAAUCACUCCAGUUCAUAAGUCUUCGACAUCAAUGGGUCUCUCAUUUCCUCCGCUCAAAAGUAUGUCUCCAGCAGUACGAAGUGCUGUUUUCACAAUGGCAGCUAUCGUAACUUCAUAUCUUAUCUCAAAUAUUCUCCAUCUCAGUCUAACUGUUUUAGAAAGAUCUGGACAUGCAAUUCUAAAAUCAGAAGAGGAUCCUCUGAUGUCUUCAACAUUUCACACAUUCUUCUCUGACUUGGUCUCUUUCGUAUACAUGUUCACUUCAGCCAUUCGAAUUGUCAUUUACUACACUUGCAAUCCCAAAAUACGAGGAGAUCUUAUUGACUUUUUCGCUAAUCGAAAGAACGCUGUCUAUCUAUAA